AUGACUUUUCAGAACCUAUUUGUGGCGAAGCUUCCCCGCAACCUGAAUGACGCAGAACUGGAGCAAAUCUUCGCAGAGUAUCAUCCCGUCAGCGCCAAGGUGAUGCUGGACGCCUCCACGGGAAAAAGUAAAGGUUUUGGUUUUGUGCUCUUCAACACUGAGGAGGAGGGAAGGCUGGCGUUUAAAAAUCUUAACCGGAGGAGCACCAGGACAUGCCGUCACAACUUCAACUUGGUGAUUUACCCCUCACAGCACAGCGGGAAAGCUGCCGUCUCUCCAUCUAAUGCUCUGUACAUUCGCAACAUUCCCAUCACCGUCCCACGGGCGCAGGUGGAGGAGUUUUUGUCGGCGUUCGGCACCCUCACUUACUGUGCGAUGCGUGAGGACCACUACGGCAAUCCUGUGUGGGUUGUAUACGCCGAGUACGACUGCCUAGAGUGUUCCAAGAACGCCCUCCUGAGGCUGCAUGGUAGUUCGGAACACUUUACUGGUCCCCCAGUGAUGGUCAAAUAUGCUGAGAACGAUGAAGCCAAACAAGAGCGCCGUCGCCGUCGCGAAGAGGGGCUUGUGCUUCCGGCUCAUCAUUAUCCUUGGUCCGUUGUGGUUAACCCUCCCAAUUACUGGCACCCUGGUUUUUGA